GAACCAACGCCUCCCAACAACAGGAAGCCCUGGGCCUCCUGCGGUGUGUGUGUGUGUGUGUGUGUGUUUUGUGUCACAGGUUGGAGGGGUUGAAGCACACUCGUCUCCUCAUGCCAAGAAGCUUGGGCACCCAGUGUCAGCAGUGGUUGUUUCUUCUUCUGUUUUUUGUUUUUUUAAAAGAGCGCUCGCUCUGAAUUUUUCAAACUUUUAAAUUUAAAUUUUUAUUUAAGAAAAUAGCUUUCAAAUAAACAUUUUUUGGGAUAUUCAGCGAUUCUGGUCAUGGACAGUCACCAUUCAGCAGUGGGUCACUAGAAUCUCCAGCAUCCAUCUGGGCAGAAUUCUCUAAACCUCCGGGAGGAUGGGGUGCAGCUGCAGUUCCUAUGACGACGAUGACUGGAUCGAGAACCUGGAUGAAGUCUGCGAGCACUGCAACUGCCCGCUCCCGCCUCAAUCCUCCAAUCAGUAUACUGAGAGCCUGCUCCCACCGUUCAACCCAAACAUCACUCCUCCCACCUCCCCACUUCCUGAUAACCUGGUAGUAGCAGUAUACAGCUAUCAGCCAAAUCACAGUGGAGACCUGGGCUUUGAGAAAGGGGACAAGCUGAAAAUUAUAAACACAGAGGACCCAGAAUGGUACCUGGCAGAGUCCCUGGCCACUGGGCAGAAGGGCUUCAUCCCGUUCAACUUCGUGGUGCGGAUGGAGGGCAUGGACAAAGAGCCGUGGUUCUUUAAGGACCUCUCCAGACUGGAUGCUAUCCGGCAGCUCCUGGCCCCAGGAAACACGCAGGGCUCCUUCCUGAUCCGGGAGAGCGAGUCCACCAAAGGUUCUUACACGCUGUCGGUGAGGGACCUAGACAACAACGCCGGAGACACGGUGAAGCACUACAAGAUCCGCAACAUGGACAAGGGAGGGUUCUACAUCACAACGCGCAUCGCCUUCAACUCACUGCCCGAGCUGGUGAAGCAUUACUCGCGAGAGGCGGACGGGCUGUGCACCGUGCUCAGUAAGCCGUGUCAGACGCGCGCUCCGCAGAAGCCCUGGUGGCAGGACGAGUGGGAGGUCCCCCGGGAGUCUCUGAAGCUGGAGCGCAGGCUGGGAGCCGGCCAGUUCGGAGAGGUCUGGAUGGGUAUCUAUAACAACCACACCCAGGUGGCCAUAAAGCAGCUGAAGGUGGGCUCCAUGUCGCCCAGCGCCUUUCUGGCCGAGGCCAACCUGAUGAAGAACCUGCAGCACCCUCGCCUGGUGCGUCUCUACUCCGUGGUGACUGAGGAGCCCAUCUUCAUCAUCACCGAGUUCAUGGCCAACGGAAGUUUGGUGGAUUUUCUCAAGACGAGCGAAGGUGCCAGACUGUCCAUAAAAACCCUCAUAGACAUGGCGUCUCAGGUGGCGGAGGGCAUGGCGUUCAUUGAGCAGAAGAACUACAUCCACCGCGACCUGCGGGCGGCCAACAUCCUGGUGUCCGAGGAGCUCAUCUGCAAGAUCGCCGACUUUGGCCUUGCCCGCCUCAUCGAGGACAACGAGUACACGGCCAGAGAAGGCGCUAAGUUCCCCAUUAAAUGGACGGCUCCGGAGGCCAUAAACUACGGGACCUUCUCCAUAAAGUCGGACGUCUGGUCGUUCGGGAUCCUUCUGACCGAGAUCGUGACUUACGGGCGGAUCCCCUACCCAGGGAUGACCAACCCGGAGGUGAUCCAGAACCUGGAGCGCGGGUACCGGAUGCCGCAGCCGGAGCACUGCCCGGACGAGCUGUACACCAUCAUGAACCAGUGCUGGCAGGAGGCCCCCGAGAAGAGGCCCACCUUCGAGUUCCUCCGGGCCCUGAUGGAGGACUUCUUCACUGCCACAGAGCAGCAGUACCAGACUCAGCCCUACUGA